AUGAUCUCAUUCACAACUUUCAUCCUUACUCUCUUGGCUCUCUUCAGCCUCUCCCUCUCUGCUCCUAUGCGCAGGGAUGUUUUCGUCCCUCCGAUCAUUUACCCAAAAGCUGGCGUGGUCUGGAUAGCUGGUCAUCAUCACAAUGUUACCUGGGAGACCGAUGAUGCACCCGUAAGCAUCACCAACGGGAUCGGCAGGGUAUAUCUAGCCAACAACACCAUCAUUGAUCUGGACCAUCCUUUGGCAAUCGGCUUCGACAUCUUGGAUGGUCGUGUUUCCAUUCAAGUACCGUCUGUGCCUACAGGUCAGAAUUACUCGCUUGUCCUUUUCGGUGACUCGGGUAAUUACAGCCCACAAUUCACCAUCAUCGGCCUUUAA